AGGGGUGUGGGUAUAGGGGAGGGGGUGGGUACCUGCACCCAUCAGCCACCCCCAUAGUCUCAUUAGUAGUGCCAAAUACUAUGCUGGACUCCCUCUUCACCUUCUGGAGAGAGAUAGGCUUAGGUUUUAAGAUGAGGAGGGAGUCCAGCGUGUUGGCACUGUUUAUCAAUGGGCUACCCCCCCCCCCCAACUUGUACUAUAGGUACUUGUAGCUAUGCCACUGUUUACGAUAGGCCUACUGAGUGGUCUGUAAUCACUGGCCAUGCAUCUAUUUGUACCCAACAACAUUGACAUGACAAAUUGACACCAUGCAAGUCAACUUCGUUAUCUCAUCAUAGGCCAAAGGUUCAACAUUAACCCAUCUCAUUAGGUAUUGAUGAGGUACCUACAUGUAACAUGUAGCUAUGCUUGUGAUGAAGGUCCAUGGUCCACCUGCCCUGCACUGCAACGUUGUAUGCACUCAUUGCCUUUUCUACUGUUAGGUUUGUAAAAAUCAGUGUGUAGUAACAUUUUCCAUUUCAGAUACAUUUAUUUAAUGUCAACAUCAGUCAAUAAAAAGUGUGUUAACAUUGCUCAAUUAAACAUGUAAUAACUUUACAAAUUAAAACUUGAUGUUUUCAUUGAACAAUAAAUAGAUUUAAUGUGACAUUAACAUGUAGGAAAAAGGAUGAGCAAAAAAACCUGUAAACUCAGGCAACCACUAUGACCAUCUUUUUAUACCAAAUUGAUGUAAGUAAGUUGUGUGCAAAUCUGUGAACAUUGAUAUUUACUCUUGCCAAUGUUGUGCACACUCAUUAGGGGAACGUAACAAUGAAUUGUAUUGUUUUUAAAUGCAUAUCAUACUGUUUUGUUUUACAGAUCAAGAGUAAUGCUUGAAUGAUGGGUCUCUUCAGUAACUCCCUGUCCCUGAUGGAAUCCUGUCUGCUUGUGGUUAUUCUUCUAGUCACAGUAGCUGUUGUAUUCUUGAUUAGACUGCUUAUUCAAACACGGCAACUCAAGGAAAAACUGUCCGUUUUCCCAGAAAUGCCUGAUAGACACUGGCUCCUCGGUCACAUGCACAAGGUGACCUUUGAUGAGAAAGAAUACACUUGGGGGACAAAAAUGGUGAAUAAAUUAUCUCAUGCUGCAGUCAUGUGGGUGGGGCCAUUCCUUCCAAUGGUCACUGUGUUCCAUCAUGAAACCAUCAAAGCGGUUCUCAGCACUGGAGAACCUAAGGCCGAGUAUACAUAUUCGUUUGUCCGGCCAUGGAUUGGAGAUGGGUUACUGUUAUCAAGUGGAAAGAAGUGGGCGCGCAAUCGACGCCUACUCACACCAGGUUUCCACUUUGACAUCUUGAAGCCAUAUGUCAACGUUUUCCAGCAGUCAGCAGAUAUUCUUGUGGAUAAGUGGAAACUUGCUUGUAAUGGAGAGACAAAGUCAAUGGAAAUGUUAGGUGAUAUGAGCCUCUUGAUGCUGGAUAGCCUUCUCAAGUGUAUUUUUAGCGUAGAAAGCAACUGCCAAACUGUUGUCAAUCAUCCAUAUAUACAAGGUAUAUAUGAUAUAGCAACGUUGGUCGUGGAUCGGUUCCGGUUUCUACCCUUUCAUAGUGAUUUCAUCUACCAGUGGAGUCCAAGUGGUAGACGCUAUCGCCGUGCCUACGAGUCAGUCCAUGAAUAUGCUCGCAAUAUCAUUGGAAAACGGAAACAGAUGUUAGCUGAGGAAAAGGCUCAAGGCAAGACUAGUCAAUCGAAAUAUGUUGACUUCUUGGAUAUUCUACUCUGUGCUAAGGACUCAGAUGGCAAGGGUUUGUCGGACCAAGAGAUCUAUGAUGAAGUAGACACUUUCAUGUUUGAAGGACACGACACUACAGCAGCAGGAGUCUCAUGGUUUUUAUAUAACAUGGCAAGGUUUCCAGAAUUCCAACAAAAGUGUCUUGAAGAGAUAGAUGAGCUACUACAAGGCAGAGAAUGUGACAAGUUUGAAUGGAAUGAUCUGAACAACCUGCCAUACCUGACAAAUUGUCUGAAGGAGAGUCUACGUUUUCAUCCCCCUGUCAACUUAAUCAUGAGGAAGUUGACCCAACCGUUGACCUUUCCUGAUGGCAGAACAGUCCCCAAAGAUACAUUUGUUACUGCGGCAAUCAGUGGAGUACACCACAAUGAAAACGUAUGGGAUGAACCAGAAGUAUUUGACCCGGAUAGGUUUUCACCCGACAGAGCUAAAUCCAUACCACCAUUUGCUUUUGUGCCUUUCUCUGCUGGCCCAAGGAAUUGCAUCGGGCAGAAUUUUGCAAUGAACGAGAUGAAAGUGAUUGCAGCGAUGAUCUUAAGAAACUUCAACCUGGCUGUCAACGAGUCUAUCCCUGUUAUGCGGAUCAAUUCUCUGGUCCUGCGAGCAGAAAAAGGAAUCAAUUUAUUGAUAACACCUCGUGCGUAAAUAGGAGCAAAAACACAUCCAAUUUUGUUAUCCAUUUGAGAUAUGAUUUGUACAAUCUUUUCUUACCUUUUAAACAGAAUGCAGGUAUUAUCUACAAAUUAAAAUUAUGUUAAGGAGAAUGAACGAGAAAGUGUAGAUUCGUGGAUAGAAUGUGCGAGCCGAAGGCGAGUAUAUUAUAGUCAUGAAUCUACACUUUCUUCUCUAACUUAAACUAUUUCCCCUAUUGAUUAUGUGAUCAAUUAAUUGAUUUCUCAAUAGUAAUAAUACUUUUUAAGUCUACCGUAUUUUGUGUAUUUUGUCAAACAACUUUUUAAGACCACCUCGUAAAGUUAAAGUGGUUCAGGUCUAACUUAGUACGCUGUCUGAACAUACCCUUUGUCACAUUGAUUUAAUAUAAUGGGACAAGUACUUGUUCAAACACAAACAUGAACUCAGCAGAAAACCAGUACCCAUUGUUUUAGCCCAAUGGAUUUGUUAGGUUUGACUACACAAUUUGACUUCAAUAGUAACUCUUCCGUCAUAAUGUAACCCUCAGUUGUAUUAUUUUAAGUACGGUUUUAACCCUUCACCAGGGUUAUGGUGAAUGUUCCUUUUAGAAUAAAAGAAGAAAUCAAAUUGGAUCAAAUCAGUUCCAUCUACAACUAUCAACAGCCAAGUAAGUUCUUAAAGGCAGUGGACACUAUUGGUAAUUACUCAAAAUAAUUGAA